AUGAGUCAAGAAGUAUUAUCAGAAUACAAUUCAUUACGGAAACUCAGUGACAUGCGAUUCCCUAGUGAAUGGUUUCCGGAAGCUCGACAAAUGCAACGCAAGAUCUAUCUUCAUGUAGGGCCAACAAAUAGUGGUAAAACAUAUCGAGCGAUUCAACGACUUCAAUCUGCGGAAUCAGGUAUUUAUUGUGGACCAUUACGGUUAUUGGCACAUGAAAUUUAUGAUAAGAUGAAUCAACAAGGCAUCCAAUGUAAUUUACUCACAGGUGAAGAAAGAAGAGAAGUGUCCCCUACAGCACCUUUGACAAGUUCUACUGUGGAAAUGGCGAAUUUAGCAAAACCUUUGGAAGUCGCAGUAUUGGAUGAAAUUCAAAUGAUAUCGGAUCCUCAUCGGGGAUGGGCAUGGACACAAGCUUUAUUGGGACUGAAGGCGAAGGAAAUUCAUUUGUGUGGUGAACAAUCGGCAGUACCUUUGAUCAAAAAAUUAUGUGAAUCUCUUGGGGAACAAGUCAUUGUCAAUGAAUACGAACGACUGACUCCUGUGGCUUUAUCAUCCUCCUCUUUGAAUGGUAAUUGGAAAAAUGUGCGCAAAGGUGAUUGUGUUGUAGCUUUUUCUCGCAACUCAAUUUUUGAUAUCAAGAAGAAGAUUGAAAAGGAAACUGGAUUACAAUGUGCUGUUGCUUACGGCGGUCUUCCUCCAGAAUCUCGAUCACAACAAGCCAAGAUAUUCAAUGACCCUACUUCUCCUGUCAAGGUACUGGUGGCUUCUGAUGCUGUAGGAAUGGGACUUAACUUAAAUAUCAAACGUGUGGUUUUCUCUACUGUGCAAAAGUUCGAUGGACGUGAAUUCAGAUAUAUGCAUAUACCUCAAUUGAAACAAAUCGCAGGAAGAGCUGGUCGUUUUGGUACUACAUAUGCUUCUGGGGAAGUGACAACAUUUUUCAACAAAGAUUUGGCUUAUGUUGACAAAUGCUUGGAAUCACCCAUCAUUCCUUUGGAGCUUGCUGGAUUACAACCAACCGUUGAUAUUGUUGAAGUGUUUGCUCUUCAAAUGCCAAAUGAAACUUAUUCUUCAGUCCUGCAAAAAUUCGAAGAUUUGGCUUCCUUGAAUGGCAAUUAUUUCCUAUGUAACUUUAAAGAUCAAAAGAGAAUUGCCGAAGUGAUUGAAAGUAUCAAGUUACCACUCCGCGAUCGAUAUCAAUUUGUCACAGCACCUGUCAGCACAAGAAACGAAGAAACAUUGAAUGCAGUUCAAGAAAUGGCCAAAAUUCAUAGCAACAACAAAGUCCUUGAAUUACCUGAAUUGGUUCAAUUACCUAAUAGUCAAAUGGUCGAUGUUGGUUCUCUCUCUUAUUUAGAAACAGCUCAUAAGAAGAUCAUGCUUUAUAUGUGGCUUAGGUAA